AUGUUCCCAUUCUGCCUCGAUGAAGAUCCUCCCCGCAAGCGCCAGCGCCUUGCCUCGUCCUUCUCAACCUCAUCGCGUCUGUUCCCCCUUCCGUCUUCCUUCCAGCGCCUCACACAACCCGAGCGGUCAGGCAUAUCGCUGCUCCGCACCUCUCAGACGCCCUUUGAUCCCUGGCGAUACACGGCUGCUGUUCUCGAGGCUGUCUCUUCAGGUUCUGGCCCGCUCUUCGACGAAGAAUGGUCCGAGUAUUCGAGUGUCCCUUACUUCCGCGAGGGCUUGACCAAACGCACAGUCUCUCGCGCUUGCACGCUAGCCGGUACCUUGACCCAGAGACUCGAGGCUUGCUACCUUGUCUCGCCCGAGCAUGGGGAGAAGGAGAUGGCGGAUCUGAUCGCAGGCGGUGCUAUCCCGCCGAGUACUCGCUACGAAGCGCCUGCGAAUCGCUUUCCCCUGAAUCACGACUUCCGCAAUGAGCUCGACUCGCACAGCAUCCACCUGGUUCCAUCGCUAGACGACGUCCUCGCCCGCCUUGCCGGGGAAGUCAUGUACUUCACGAAGCGCCAGUCCGCCAACUCCGCUACUCGCGCCGCGGAAUACUCGACCAUCCGCCCGCCAUGGGAGCUAUUCUACAAGCGCCUCGAGGCUCGUCCGCCAGCGGUCACUUUUGCCUUCACCAAGCACUCGACGGAUCUGCUCGUGAUCCGGCAAGAACGUCCCAACACCGCCGCGGUCAACUACCUCACCGCUCGUACGGCAGCGGAAGUUGCGGCGAACGAGAGCAGCAACGGGCUGAAGCUUCCUGUGCUCCCGCCAGUCGAGGUGUUGUGCUCGCUCAACCUCGUCGUCGCGGCAAUGCAGCAAAGGGUUGCGCAGCCUUUGCCCGCACCCGACGCCCUUGUAGUAGAGAGCAAGCAAAUCGCCGACUUCGCCUGCAUCCUCUACAACAUGUGGUACACCCGCUCCGGCGACGAAAGCAAGAUGGAGACGCUCGUCCACGAAGCUCAGAGGCUCGUCUCGCUCUAUGCGCCCGAAAACGCCUACGCGUCGUUCAUCCUUCGACCGGACGAGCAUGAGCUUGCGGACCUCGAGCCGGCGCCGCUGCCGCCAAACGCUUUGCGGAACGGUCCUCAGACGUUGGCGGACGGUCAAGGAUUCCUGUCGACACUGCAACUCGACGAAGAACUACCUGACGCUUCCGAGACGGUGUCGGCGUCCGAAUUGCUGCAGACCUCGCAAGAGCGCAACUCGCCGGCACUUGAGGAGGACGAGGACGAUGAGGAAGAGUCAGAGGAGCGGGUGCAGCGGUGGCUGGAGAGAGUGGGCAACUAA